UGGUGGCGAGUCACGCGACGACGCCGCCAGCUACCGCGCGGCCGGGCGCCCGGGUCCAUGGCCACCGCGUGGCCGCGGUGGCGGCCGUCCUCCUCGCCGCCGAUGUCCCCGCCGCCGUCGUUCACGGCGGACCCGCCGGCGGAGUUCCUCUGCCCGAUCUCCGGCACGCUGAUGGCGGACCCCGUCGUCGUCCCGCCGGGGCAGACGUUCGAGCGCGCCUGCAUCCAGGCGUGCGCCGCGCUCGCCUUCUCCCCGCCGGCCGUCGCCGCCGACCUCGCGGCGCUGGCCUCCGCGUCCUCGCCGCUCGUCCUCGUCCCCAACGUCGCGCUCCGCACCGCCAUACUCAACUGGUGCGACCGCCUCUCGCUUCCCUACCCGGCCCCGCUCUCCCCCGACACCGCGCGCGACGUCGUCCGCCGUCUCAUGCCGUCGCUGCCGCCGCCAACGACGACGACGACGGCUCAGCCGCAACACGAGCAGAGGUCGCAGGUGCACUCGGCGCCUCCCCCGCCGCCGCCGGCCUCCUCCGUCCGGACGAGGGGCCAGUACAGCGGCGACUUCGUGCAGCAGGAGACGAGGCAGGCGGGCGGUUCUACGGAGGAGAAGGUCAUGGCCAUGCUCGGGGCGGAGGGGGCCGGCCCCGCGGAGCAGGAGGCGGCGAUGGCGCUUCUGAGGAAGGCGACGCGGGAGAACAAGGAGAUGCGGAGGCAACUCUGCACGGCGCGGCUCCUCGCCGCGCUCCGGCCGAUGCUUCUGUCGGGGGACGCCGGCGUCCAGGUCAACGCGGCAGCAGCGCUCGUCAACCUGUCGCUGGAGGCGGAGAACAAGGUGCGGAUCGUGCGGUCCGGCGCGGUCUCGCCGCUGGUGGAAGUGCUCCGCAGCGGCCACCCGGAGGCGCGGGACCACGCGGCCGGCGCCAUAUACAGCCUCGCCGUUGAGGACGAGAACCGCGCGGCCAUCGGCGUGCUCGGCGCGAUCCCGCCGCUCCUGGAGCUGUUCUCGAGCGCCGGCGCGGAGUACCUCGCCCGGCGCGAGUCCGGCAUGGCUCUGUACCACGUCUCCCUCUCCGGGAUGAACCGCACCAAGAUCGCGCGCACGCCGGGUGUCGUGCGGACGCUGCUCGCCGCGGCGGAGGCGCGGGACCGCGCCAACGAGACCGACGCCGCCGCUCUCCGCAGGAUCGCCGUUAUGAUACUGGCGAACCUGGCAGGCUGCCCGGACGGGAGGACGGCUCUAAUGGACGGCGGCGCGGUGGCCGCAGUGGUCAGGCUAAUGAGCAGCGGCUCCGCGGCUCCGGGGAGCGCGGAGGAGGAGUACUGCAUCUCGGCGCUGUACGGGAUGAGCCGGGGCAGCCUGAGGUUCCGUGGGCUCGCGCGCGCCGCCGGCGUCGAGGCCGCGCUAACGCCGGUGGCCGAUGGCGCCGGCGGCGUGGGCCGGGACAUGGCGCGGCGGACGCUCCGGGCGAUGCGCGGGGAGGACGACGAGGCGUCAGUCACCGCCACGGGGCUCGUCGGCCGGCAGUGGGACGACGGGAGCGUCGUGUCGGAGGGGCUCGUGUCGAUCCGGCGGCCGCCGCCGCACCGGAGCAACUACGCCGCCGGGACGUCCGGGUCAAACACGACGCAGUUCUGAAAAGUCAAAGUCUUCGUCUCUCUUUCUUUUUUUUUUUUCAGUUUCUUGCUAAAGUAUUUUGCUAUAGUCCCCCCAAAAAACCUGGUGGUACUUCUGAUGAAUGCUGGUGUGUAAUUGCAAGGUGGAUUCUUUUGUUGGAAUUGAACUGUAAUUUUAUUCUAUUUGUUAUGCA